CCAAUCGACGCACCUCGACACCGCCGUUGUCGCCUUGUGGCCGUCUGCUCCAGAAAACCUCGACCCAUCAGCGACUUCGUCCAUCAGGUUUUAAUGGGUGGACCAAGAUGGAAAGGAAAAGGGUCCGAAGCAAAAGCCCUAGAAAAUCCCAUUUCAAAGACAAUUUCAGAUCUCCAAUCUUCUCUAAUCAAAUCCAAUUCUUCAGGAAUACUAUCAGGCUCUAGUGUACUUCUUGCAACUAAUCCUGACCAAACUGACCUUCUAAAUCAAGCCUGUUUUGGUCGACCAAUUAUAACAAUCGAUAAAGAUAAACAAUGGUUUCAGUUGACUGUAGAAGAAGCCUUUUAUCUAUCUUUUUCUCUCAAUUGUAUAAAGAUUGUAACCGGUGAUAAUGUUAUAAAAACAAAUAAUGAGUUAUGGGACUAUAUCAAUAUGACCUCCAAAAGGGUAUCUUUUCCUGAUUUCUUUAAAGCUUAUUCUCAUUUAAGAGCCAAGAAUUGGGUCGUGAGGUCCGGGUGUCAGUAUGGUGUUGACUUUGUGGCAUACUGUCAUCAUCCUUCACUUGUUCACUCUGAAUACGGUGUGCUGGUUUUCCCUGAAUGGAAUCGGAAUCAGAACUGGAAUGGGAAUGAAGAUGGGAAUGGAAUUGGGAAUGAUAGAUUGAGGGUUUGGUCUGAUUUUCAAUGUAUGCUUCGGCUUUCUGGUAGUGUUGCAAAGACAUUGUUGAUUCUUUAUGUAAACAGAAAUGGUGAAAAUGGUGAAAUCGGGGUUGAUUCACCUUGUUGUUUAGGGAAUUAUAGUGUUGAAGAGCGAACAAUUACAAGAUGGAAUCCAGAAAGGUGUAUGGAGGAUCAAGAGAAUGUGGAAAAUGGGACCAAGAUAAUGAAGAUUAGAAUCCCGGGAAGGAUAUGGGUAAUGUCAAUGAUCCCAAGAAUCUGGUGAAUGAAGUUGUGAAGAAACAAAGAAGAUGUAAAACAUGCUUUGGACUUGGUCAUGAUUGCAGGAACUGUCCUUUUGGAUUGAAGAAAGUAUAGAAGUAUAAGAAAUUCAUCAAAUUGGACGUUUUUAGAUAUUAUUAACUUUGAUUUCAGUAAAAUAAAAGUCUUGUUUGAAGAACUAUAUGGGGU